UUUAUCAUAAUAUACUUCUACAAAGUGUCAAAGGUCUCCUACCUGUUUGGCCUACAAGUAUGAAUUAUGUACAUGUACAUACACAUUUAAGAACCCGUAUAGGUCCAUAUUUGAAUAAUUGAAUGCACAACUGGUUACACGUUCGCUAAUUUUAACCAGUGAUUUUCUGCUUCUAUAGUUCGCGAUACUCAACAAGACAAUUUUAAUCUGAAUUGAAAAAAAUUGACUAUAUUAUUUUAUGACUACUUGCAUGGAAUUAUUCUUUUAAAAAUUUCAAUAUGAGAACACAAUUAUUGACCAGUUUUCUACGAGUUUUCUCUUUGAAAAUUACACUUUUUUCGCUUUUAAGCUUGUUUUCAUUGGUGUUGGUAUCAGCACAAAAUACCACAAAUGAAAAAAUUUGUCAAACGGAAGAAUGUUUAUCCGCAGCGCGGAAAUUGAAAGAAUCGAUGAACUUCGAAGCAGAUCCUUGCGAUAAUUUCUACAAAUACGCUUGCGGAAACUGGCCAAAUCUUCAUAAAGAUGUAAACCACAUUACGAGAAGUAAUAUUCAAUUACUAGCUGAAGAAAAUAUCGCCAAACUCAUCGUAUUUCUCAAACAGAACAGUAGUAAUGAAGAACCAGAAGCUGUGCACAAAGCUAGACAAUUCUAUUCAUUAUGCUUAAAUGAAGACGCUUACAGUAAAAAUCUAGAUCCAAUUAUAACCAUCCUAAAAAAAAUUGGCCUACCAGUACUUCCUUCGCCAUCUGACAAGAAUAAAAACUUCGAUUACACGACAACAUUAGCCAAAGCAGCCAAAUUAGCCGGAAUCAAGAUGUAUUUCGACCUUACAACAGACUCAAAUCCUUAUAAUCGAUCAUCAAAUAUAAUUACGUUAAAGAAAACAACACUAAUAUCAGACUUAGAUUCUUCCACUUUUAUUGCGACGAAGCCCUUACAUGAAAAAUAUCUUAACGAAGUGAUUCGUAGAAUUUGCGAAGACGAUGUAAAUUCUUGUGCUUGUGUUUGUGCGCAGUGGAAAUCGUCUCGGAAUGAGAAUGAAAGCAUGAAAAAUACAAUUCACAAAAUUCUUAUGGGAAAUUCAUAUAUUGAAAUCCCUUGGAUUGAUGUAAGGUCAUAUGGUUACUUAUUGAAUUCCUCAAAUGAUACGCCAGUCAUAUACAGUUUGAAACAACUGCAAGAACUAACUGAUCGCAUUGCGUUUGAAGCAAAUGCAACAAAUCCAAAGCUGAAUUGGACAAGAUACAUAGAAGAAACGUACAAAAAUUUGGAUAUGGAAACAUUGGAUCUUAGCGACUCGUCCAAGGUUCAAAUUGCCAUUGAGAAUUUGGUUUCCUUCGUGAAAAUAUGCAAAUAUAUUCACUCUAACGUUGGGAGUAGGAGUGUAAAAUCUCUAGAGCUCGAACUUUGGUGGAAAGUAGUUUCCACUUUGUCACCUUACAUUGAUAAAAAAAUUUUCGAUACAAGAAAUAAAAUAGACAUUGUAUCUAAUACCGAGUUCAAAACGGCUUCCGAUUGGAAAAUGAAAUUAGACAAUCUCGUAGACUAUCCGGCUAGAGAACGACAAUGCGCAGAAAUAACCGAGUCAUCAUUUGGCAUGGCAGUUAGUUUCGCGUAUGGCACAAAGGCAAAAUACGUCAGAGCUGAGAUCGAAAUUGGAAAAAUGUUCGACCAUAUUCGAGAAAGUAUUAAACAAAUUGUACAGAAAGUGCCCUGGAUGGAUGAAACUACCAGACAAAGAGCAUUGAAAAAGUUACAAUCUGUGAAGUAUUAUUUUGCAUAUCCGAAUGUAAACCAGGACACAAUCAAACUGGAUGAUUUCUAUCGAAAUGCGAAAAUAUCAAAUAAUUUCUACGACACUGUGAUUUCAAACAUUCAAAAUCAAGUUGAAAAAACUUUAAGCAAGCUGAAUCAAAUCAAUAAUAUCAACGAAGACGACUGGAGAAUCAUUUCCAACAUUGAAAAUGUUUUCUACGAACCUAGAAUGAAUACCAUUGUCAUUCCAGCCAGCAAACUUGGUUCAUCAAAGUACGAAAAUAAUUUACGAUUUUUGGAUUAUGGAGCAAUUGGUUCAGCCAUUGGUCGCGAAUUAACUCGUGCAAUUGAUCAUUCAGGAAGACAUUACAAUGAGAUAGGAAAUAUCGAUGGCUGGUGGCUGCCAGAAACUUUACAUUCGUAUGAAGAAAAGGCUAAAUGUUUUGGUAAGGCUGGCGACAAUCGCGGAGGCCACGGAAUUCAAUUAGAUUACAGUGAUUUUAAACUGAAGGCUGACAGUCAAAUGACGCUAGGAGAGGAUAAGUCGGAUAGCAGCGGAUUCAAGGAAUCACUUUCAGCUUAUAGAAAAUCGGUAUCACAAUUUGGAGAGGAAUCGCUUCUUCCGCAGUUUGAAAACUUCACUCAUGAACAACUGUUCACAUUAUCAUUUGCUAAUGUGUGGUGUGAAACUCCAAUUUACGUUUUUCAAGAGUACUUCAGAUUUGUAGACGAUAGCCCGAUUACACGAGUGAAUCAGAUUCUUCAAAACUCCACAGAGUUCGCUGAAAUUUGGAAGUGUCCUAAAGGCAGCAAUAUGAACCCAGCAAGUGAUAAAUGUUCUAUUUGGUGAUUUUUCAACAAUAUUUUAAAGUGAUUCUGCAUACAUAAUUUGUUUACCUUAUUUUUUACGAAUUUAUGAGAAAAAUAAAAUACAUAUUUACAUACUUA